UUCACUUAAGCGUUGUAAGUCUUCAAUUUUGUUUCAACAUUUUCUAUUCAUGUCAGUGUGCAUUGAACAACUGUGAAUUUUGCAUUAUGGACUUCAUUUUUGACUGUUUUUUUGAAGAAGUUCUAAAGAAAAUUGAAAGAAGUGGAUUGAAAACAAGACAGAAUCGACAGAAUGUGAUAGAUCAACUUGAUUCAUUAAUUGUCGGGUGUAGCAAAGGUCAGAAUGUGCCUCAAGACGAAGUGAGUGGAGUUGCUGUAAUGUCAGCUAUAAAAUAUCAUCAAACAAUUAAAGCAUCCAACUCCGAGGUCUGUCGAAUGGGAAAAUUUCACAAUAUUCUUUACAUUGCCGUGAAAAUCGCUUGGAAUUGGGAUAUUAAAGAUUCCUCAAUCGUUUGUGCUCUGUUGAAUGAGAUCUAUGAAUGCGAAAAAACUUUUGAACGUUUAUUUUUAGGAGCGAUUUUCGGAUCAAACGCUCCAUAUCUGAUUGCUGGUUGGCGAAGUGAUUUCAAAGACCAAGAUGAAAACACAAGAGCUUUAGUAUUUUUCCUUCAUCAUGCGACAAUCAUGCAAUUGCAAUUUACAGUGAAUGAUCGGAAAAUUCCGUUUAUUGAUAUUCCGAUUGAGUCUUGCGGGAAAGCAUCGCCACUAAGGGUUGCUUUGCAAGCGACUGCACCUGAUAUUCUGAUGAUAUUUCUUCGUUUUGGAGCGAAUCCAAAUCCAUUAGAUGGAGGAAUUCCUCCCGUUCUUGCUGUUAUGGAUAAACUUAUAGAAUUUCAGGAAAUGGAACGCUAUCCAUAUCAAUUGGUUUCAUGUUUGAAACUUCUACUCUCAGUGAUUCCCAGUUUAGAGCUUCCAUACAAACCUUUGGUGUUCGAAUUGAGAAAAACAAUGUUUCUAGAUAAAUAUUUGAUACUCUUAAAGUCAAAAUUGAUUCAACCAAACAUGGUAUUUGGAGUUUGCAACCUCAAGCAACUGAGCAGAUGCGCCAUUAGAAAAGACUUAAUGAAUAAUUUCCAAUUACCUGAUGGCAUUAAACUGUUGAAUAUUCCAAAAUCAUUAAAGCGUUACAUUGAUUUGUUAGACGGAUGA